GGAUCCAUCAACCCAUUUACCUGGAGGUUUGACCCUCUACCAAUUCAACACUGCAUGCGACGAGCUUCGACUUCCACCCAAGCUUGACCUAAUCAAGUGAUAUUAUAGUCUCGUAUCUUUCUUUUUGUGAAUCAGCUAAUUAGUCUAGAUGUGUUUACAUCCUCCUCAUUACCAAUUCAUCACUAACUUUGCCUCGGCCUGUUCCGUUCCUCUGCCCCUCAAUCAAGCAUGAUCGCAGCAGCCUAUCUACCUUACCUAUGCAAGAUCUAGGUUGUUGGUCCGUCACAAGAAGCUCCGGUAGCUUCCUUCCAUUGUCACAUACGAAUAGAAACGCGACCGGCCGGCAAUCAUAUCAAUCUAUCUACCUUGCCUUACACCUACCUAUAUCCCACCAAGAUAAUAAGCGAACUGCUGGUUGACAAUUGCUUCAAGGUCGCCACCACCGGUACCUGCAAAUAGCGCCAUCUCGAGCAAAAGAGCCUCCGAUGGAUAUCGAAGACGACUUCAUCAUGUCGCUUCCAGAUUCCGAUUCCGAAGAUGUGGAUCUGGACAUUGACUCGGACUCGGUUGACACCAGCUCGACCGAGAGAGAGCCUUCAGCCAAGCCGCCCACUCCGCUUCAACAAGCAACAUCGACUGUCACCAAGCUCCUGAAGGAGAAGGGCAAAGAAUGGGAUCAGUUGGCUUCGCGGAAGGGUCCAUUGACCCUGUUGGAGCUCCCCGUUGAUAUACUGCGAUUGAUUGUGAAGGAGAUCAUGCACACCAACGACCUCACCUCUCUUGCUCUAACCAACUCGACGCUACAUAGUCUGGCUAUCCCACACAUCUACGCCAGAUUCGAUAUUGUAUGGCCCGAUACGCACGCAACGUCUUCCGAUCACAAGAGUGUCGAUGCUUUAACUUAUGGACUUUCUACUUUGAGCUUGGGAAGCUCAUUUGGUCGCAUCAGGCAAAGGCUUCUCCGCCCAGGGCCCCCACAGCAGAUGCGAUCUCCCUUCGACCGCGUCGGUAACAAUUAUGCAGCCCACACCCGGAAGUUUUCGCUCGGGGAUGGGCCUCCGGAAUGGGUUGCGGCCUAUAUGAUUACAAAAGAGAGUGGGAAGAUGCUGGGGACUUUGGUAUCUUUGGCGGUGGCCAAGAUGAUUAACCUGGAAACCUUCAUCUGGGACAUGCCGACUGGAGUGCUUGCCGAAAUCUUCUUAGCCUUGGCCAGCUUGCCAGACGGCCACAAGGACGGGCAGUGCAACUUGGAAACUGUUUGGAUCCGGUGGCAUGACAAUAGCGAAGGUCAAGUACCGACGUCGAACCCCGUUAUUCCGCCUGGUAGUACUCUUACACCCGUCGGCAUCAUGUUACCCCCGGCGGCAUCACACCCAAAACCACGACCAGCUCUGCCAUAUUCUGCCAGUCCCGUCGAGUAUCCCACUUUUAGUGUUUUGCCGCCUCUCAAAAGUCUGACGGCCCUGGAUAUAGACGAGUUGGCGUAUCUGGAUGAGAUUUCCAUGCUGGUCGAAAGGUCUCAGGACAGGCUUCAAGAAUUACGCAUUGGUAUAUCGAAAAAGGCGCAGCACAAGGAUUUUGUUCAGGCGUGGGACGGACCCGAGCUGCAUCAAGUUGAUCAUCAAGCCCAUUGGCCCGGUGCAAGCACGAUAGGUAAUCGUCGGCUGGGCGGUGUUUUGGGAAUACUUGUUGGCCGCAUCUACGACAUACGGAGAAAACCUCGUGCGUGGUCGUCAUGGGGCAAGUCCGAGCCUUCCCCUUGCCCUCCAAAAAACGAAUCGCCUGAUAGCCCCGAACAAGCCAAUGCCAUGGAGCCGAGCCAUGAUCACAACGCUACUGCGAAUCGUAAGAUCUCAGUAUCAUCAGAUGAGGUGAACAAUUCUGGGCAAGUUGACAGAGAGAAAGACUCCAAGGUCAACUCCGCUUCUACGGCCCCUGUGGUAGCCGCAGAGGACAAUAUAGCAGGGGGUGCGCAUUCUGAAGCUCCCCAGCCAGGUUUGGAAGAUGGCAAAGCUCCGGAUCAGGCCCCCAGACGAAAGCAUAGCGCAAGUCGCUCUCGCCUUGAAGGGAAGCUACGGCUGCGUAUUCUGGAGUUGGAGAGGAUACCGCUUUCCAUGCAGGUCUGCAGCAAAGCCAUCGACUGGACCACGCUGACCACUUUAACGAUACUCGACUGUGCCCAGCACGAAUCCCUAUGGAAGUUGUUGAAACGACAGUACCAGCCAACGGUUACGGCUGGCGGAUACGGCAUCUCCUCGUCAUCUCGAGGUGCUCAACUGCAGUAUCAUCUUGGCUUGAAACGACUUCGCACCGACACAACCUCGCCUUCACUAAUAACAUUCCUCUCUGAAGUCCUUGCACCAAACACGCUCGAGGUACUCUUCUUGCAAGAUCGCCGCAGAUCGCCCUCAGUACCUGCCGUCACCAUCGAGUCCAUUUUCAAGGGGCCCCUCAAGCGUCACCGUGGAAGCCUGCGGAAACUACUACUGGACAGCUCUGCUAGGAGCACGAAGAGCGGACCCGCUACGGUCGAGAAUGACAGGUGGCGGCACUGGGUCUUGACUUCAAGAAUUCUGCACUAUAUCACAAGUGGGCGAUUGGUCAACCUGCGUGAGCUUGCAGUAUCAAUCGCAUAUGCUGACUGGCAUACAUUUUUACAACGGCUGCCAAAUAUGCCCCAGCUGCGAUCGCUUAACAUACCUCACGUCAUGGACCAUGUCGUAAGCGCCAUUGAUCCGAAAGAGCUGGCUUUGCAGAUAGCCGACAUCAUUACGUUGCGCCCUGAGGUCCAGCUUUGCUACAUUGGUAUCUCGACCAAAUGCUUCGAGAUCCUCGAAACUACGCCAGGUGAUCGUGGAGGUGGUACAGUCGACAGUACAGGGUCUGCUGGUGGUAGCGGUAGUGGUCAAAACAGCGGGCCCACGACCACUGGGCCCCAGGCCAUGGACAUGGUAUCACUUGUUGAACCCGAGUCUGAGGAAGAUCACCAGGACGAGUCAAGCGAAGAGGAAGAUGCGGAUGAGACUGAAGAUGAGGACGAUGGGAUUAACAAUCAUGCCACAGCUGAGGAGGCCCAGUCGGAUGGCCACACAGGAGAAAGUUGGGAUUCCGAUGACGACGGCUUUGUUGAUCCGGACCAUACACCUGCUAAGAAGAAGCUGAGGCUUCGCGAGAUUCUUUUCUAUGAUGACAAGGUAGCUAUCUUCAAGGCAAGGCAUGGGCGUCUUUGAGCGCGAUUUGAUGGCUUUGCGGCAAGCAUACAAAGUCUAGGGGGCGAUAUCAGAUAUCGACUCAAGGGCGGGGGAAACAAACGCCUUUUCGUGGCUGUGCUGAGGGAUUUCACCGGUUUGUUGACUGGAUGGAUCGCUUCAAGGUUGAAAUUUCAAAUGGAUAAAUUUCUGUCUUUUUUUGCUGUUUAUUCCUCUUUUUUUCCUUUUUGGCGUUUACAAAUUUGACUUCGGAGGAUACCCAUGGACGAGCGAUCCUUAUGAGGAGUGAGACAUGUAAACUACUUGGUUUGAGGCACAUUUCUGAUGCCCUCUGUAUAGCCAUACGGGAGGUGAAGGCGAUAAAACUACACACAGUUGUGAUGGCCUAUCAAAGAGCCUAUGUAUUGUAAGCAAUGGCUUUAUUUUCCAAUUGAAGUGUAUUUUGGUGUCCUUCCGAUGCUAAUCUUAGUUUCAUAUUGAUGUCGAC